CUCUCUCUCUCUCUGAGCCUGAGGUCUGAGCAACUCCCCCCGUCAGCCCUCAGCCCGUCUCUUUUUCUAAUCCUUUAUCGAGCGAGCGCGCACUGUCGUCGCAUAACUCUUAUCGGAGAAAGAGAUAAAGACAAUCACCAGAAACCCACUACGUAUCUCAAUGAGAGAGCAUCAACUUCCAUGUAGGCAUGAACACCAGCUCCGAAGAAGAGAAGCAGAGAAGCAUCUCUGAAGCUGCCUCCCUACGAUUAAAACCGUACAGAUUUUAAGUUCGGUUGGAUAAGGUUACGGAAAUUUGUAAAAACAGCUCUGGCCAAUCCCUGCUCUCCACCUUUUCCAAUCAAAAGCCAGGCUUUUCAGCGGAAAGUGAAAGAUAUUCGAAAAGUUGAAAACCAGAACAAUUUUCUUUUUUUGUUCUUCGUUCGCUUAAUGACCCAACACCCCAAUGAUGGACACGUAAUUAAGGAAAUUUUAUAAAUUCCACAUAAAUAAAUGAAUUUUAAAAUACCUGGCUUUGAGAUUGCUCUUCUCCAUUCUGUUUCCGAGGGCGUAUCACUUGUGCAUAAGAAGUUAAGAACCCAUCACAACUGAACCUCCUUAAGAUUCGCUGCCUCAGGAGAAAGCGGAGGACCAACCAUAACCAGAUCCGGCCCAGGAUACCAGUCGAAACUUAUGCCUUUUUUCCUGGAGUUUUUCAAGCUGGAGAAAGGUAUAUCCUGGGAUUUCACAACCAUUUCCUUUCCUUCGUUUGGCUAAGGGUUCUGCAACAUACCCUUCUGCGAAAUCGGCUGCAGUUUCUCUUUACUUUACUCUGUGUGGAUUUGGGGUCUGGCCUUUGCAGUAUACCCUUUUCAAAAAUCUUUCACUACCCUGCGGUUUUUGGAGGUUUUCAAUCAAAGGAAACGUAGAUUCUGGAAUUUCGUUUGUCUUGAUAAUUUUCCUGAUAACAACAACCUAGCCCUCCGUUCCCCAUAUCCUGAGGUUGAGGAUUUUAGAUAACACCCAUUUGAGAAGUCUAUCAGAAACUACCACUUUAGGGCUUUAGGUGAAUCAUUAAUGGCGGAUGGUUAUGACUUUUUCAACAUGGAUGGUGGUGGAAGAUCAAUCAGAAAUGAAGAUUUUGAGGAAGAAGAUGUUUGGGCGGUUGUGAAAGAUAGAAAGGAUACCAGUCCCAGGGUUAGAAAACCAAAAGAUCAUCAGUCCUCUGUUUCUAGUCCAACACCAAGGCGCUUUCCCACUGCUUCAAGAAUGAUACCAAGAGCAGCUAAUAAUGCCACACACGAGGCCAGAGCUCACCAGCAGUCAGCACCUGUAAACAUUCCUGACUGGUCAAAGACAUACAAGAAGAAUUCAAAGGGGUCUGGCGGCCAUAGCUUCAGCAAGGAUGGUUCACGGGCAGACGGUGGUAGCUACAGUUACAGUAAUGCUUUUAUUAAUGAUGAUGGGGAAAGUAAUGUUAUCGCUAGUGAUGAUGGCGAUGACGAUGAGAUGAUACCUCCCCAUGAAUGGAUUGCCAAGAAGAUGGCGAGGAGUCAGAUUUCUUCUUUUUCUGUGUUUGAAGGUAUUGGGAGGACACUCAAGGGAAGAGAUCUCAGCAAAGUAAGGAACGCUAUUCUCACCAGAACCGGUUUCCUAGAAUAGCACACCAACAAGCCGUCAUCGUUAUCGUCGUCUUGCCACUUAGAGAGUGGUAUCGGUGGGUUUCGUUUGAUCUUCUUUUUUUUUUUUUUUUUUUUUUUUGUUUCCUUGAACUUCAUUGAUGUAAUCCGAGAUGUGUAGAGCUGAGAUGAGAGGUUUCGUAACAGUCUUCUUGCCACUCAGAGCUGCAACUUUUUUGGUGGGGCUUGUUUGCUUUUUUUUUCUUUAACUUUUUAUGCUUCCGGGCAGCCUAGCUCUGAGAUUUUGUCAUUGGGUUCGUGCUUGUGACUUUGUGUUUUCGGCCUUUCUGGCGUAAAGAAGAGUGAUGAGAUCGUCUUCACC